CUCGUAGGGGUGGGGUGGAAUAUAACUGACCAGGCAAUAAGGCCUGUUGGUGGUUGUAAAGAAAAGGCCCGAACCCGGAUCUAGCCUUAGCUCCUCAAAAUAAGUAACUCAACUCAACGAUCGCGGUUCCCGUGCAAAGGGAAAAUUCGAGAACAUUGAACAAAGGCCAGAGAUGGCAGCUCCCAUGUUGUGGCUCCUUUCCAUCUUCUCCAUUUUGUCCAUCGCCGCUUGCAUCGAUGACAAGUGUGCCGCUUGCAAUGCCGUCGCGGCAGAGCUAGAGAUACAAUUAUCGAAGGAAAAACCCAGGAACCAUUUGGAUAUGAGACAUCGUUUGGACUCGAAAGGUCAACGCCAAGGAAAGGUUAUUGAUUACAGGAUGAGUGAGCUUAGAGCUGUUGAGCUAUUGGAUGGACUUUGUGAAAAGAUGCAAGAUUACACUCUUGAAAAGUUAGAUUCAUUUCGACGUGAGUGGAUCAAAGUGCAUAAUUGGGACAUCCUCACCAUUGAUAAGCAAGAAGCUAAGGCAUACUCAAAAGAUAUAUCCUCUUAUUGUGGACGGUUACUGGAGGAAACUGAAGAUGAGUUAACAGAAUUGAUAAAGAAAGGAUCCGUUAAGCAAGGAGAUGUAAGCAAAGUUCUAUGUGAGGAAUUGAGUGAGCACUGCAGCGGGGCAAGUGAUAGCGACUCCAAUAAUGAUGAACUAUAACUAUUGUGGUUCAGCUGGAGAAGAGAUAUUAUGGAAAAAAAGUUUCCAUGUUUGCUGCAGUAUUGAAAUGCGACUGUUUAAUUUAGACUUCUUUCUGUAACUUGAAACAAAAUUUUGCUCUAUGGACCAUAAUGAGACUUAUUUCCGUAACUUGAAACCAAGUUUCGCUCUUUGGACCAUGUUUUUGCUGUUUCCAACUUCUAAAUUCAAGUCACUUUCUUGCCUUGUUUUUGGUUCUUUGAAGUAAAA